AUGGGAAGUCAAGCAGGAUAUGCAUAUAAUGAAUCAGUGAAUAGGAGCACAUGGAGAAGUCCUUUUGAAGUGGUUUAUGGCCUACACCCCAGGGGUAUUCUUGAACUCAGAGAUCUGCAUGGUGUGGACAAAAGGAGUUCUGAAGCAGAAGAUUUUGUUGCAGUCAUGAAGGACAUACAUCAACAAGUGAAAGAGACCCUUCAAAGCAAUGUUGAGAAGUACAAGGACAUGACAGAUAAGAAGAACAUAGACUUGCAAUUCAAGGUUGGAGAUUUUUUGAUGGCGCACCUAAAGAAGGAGAGAAUUCUCAAGGGGAAGUAUACCAAAUUAAUGAUGAAGAAAAUAGGACCCUAUCGGAUUGGUCACAAGUUUGGCACAAAUGAUUAUGAAAUAGAAUUGCCUCAAGGGGUAGCCAUUUCACCCAUCUUCAAUGUCUCUGAUCUAUACCCUUACAAACCUCCUAAGAAGGCAGAUUCUGAAGUGAAUAAAGAAGACUAA